AAAAUAAUCUACAACAGGAACGACCUAAAAGGUCAACAGAACCUGCUCGAACAACCGAUCUCGAAGAGAGAACCAGAGUUCUCGAAAUGGCAAUGGGCAAAAUCUUAGCUCGUCUGAUUCCUGAUGACCCCCUGAUAUCUUUAUUGAAUAGGGAUGCACAGCCAGCUGCGGUUGUUGCAACUAGAAACUCCCCCACGUUGAGCAACAUAGUAGUGCUGACCAAACCAAGGGGAAGUGGGAAGCUAAAUAACGAGCCCAGCUCGUCCAAACAUAGCGAAGAACUGAUGAGAAAGAACGCAAACCUUGAAAGACAGCUAAAGGAUGUACAAAAAUCCAUUGACGAGCUGAAAAGUCCCAGGUCACACCAACAGACCCUUGAUUUGGAUAGUGCUCCACUAAACAUAUCCAUCACAAUAGAACCGUAUCAAGAGGGAUUCAAAAUUCCCCACCUGCAGACAUAUGAUGGCUCGGGCGACCCAUAUGAGCAUCUGCACACCUAUCAAGCCAUCAUGAGAAUCAAAAAUGCCAAUGAUGCCAUGAUGUGCAAAGUGUUCCCAGCGACACUGAAGUCAACGGCCAGAAGAUGAGCGUACAGGGGACGCCAAUUCAAUAGGCGAGGCCAAGGACAGAGAACUGCCACCCAGAACCAAAAAGACAGGAAGGGGGUAGGCUAUGCUGGGAUAGCCCCGACUUCUGGCACAAUAAACAUGAUCUCGGGUGCAGAGCCAGUAGAGCCAGUAGAAACAGUCCCUUUGAAUCCUGAUGUGCCGGAAAAAAUAGUCAAGAUCAGCACCAAACUCACAAAAGAAGAACGAGAAGAGCUUCUAGAGUUUUUGAGGGUUAACCAAAAUGUGUUUGCAUGGACUACGGAUGAAAUGCCUAGCAUCCCAGCAGAGUUGACAGUCCACAAACUCAGCACGGACCCCACCAAAGGGCUGGUGGUGAAGAAACGUUGCCUUUUUGGCCCUGAGAAGCAAGCUGCCAUAAAUGAAGAGAUACAAAAGCUGCUAUAGGCAAGCUUCAUCAAGAGAGUGGAAUACUCUGAGUGGGUGUCCAACCCUGUGCUUG